UUAUUUUUCGGGGCUAGAAGCUGAUAACCUUUUUGCCCAAAUGUACUCCAUCGACAGCUCUCUCUGUUGUUAGGGUUUAUCACUGGGGUUUCGGAGUAAGCUGUUGCCAAUGGCGAAACCAGGUCGAGGCCGUGCGGUUUCACCUUCAGGCUCGUCUUCUCGUUCUCGUUCCCGGUCUCGCUCUUACACUCCUUCAAACUCUCGCUCCUCAAGUUCUCGAUCUAGAUCCCGCUCCAGAUCAAUUUCUUCAUCUUCCUCUGCUUCCCGCAGUGCAAGUUCUCGCAGCCCUAGUCGUCUCCCUCCUUCUCAGCGAAAAAGCCCUGCUGGAGUAUCUAAGCGAGGCCGCUCGCCGCCACCACCACCAGAGUCUAAGAAAGCUUCUCCACCUCCAAGGAAAGUAUCUCCUAUACCUGAGUCACGUGUGAUUCAUGUGGAUCAGCUCAGCAGGAAUGUCAAUGAAAACCAUUUGAAAGAAAUAUUUGGUAAUUUUGGUGAAAUUCUGCAUGUGCAGUUGGCCAUUGAUCAUGUUGUUAAUCUUCCCAAAGGGUUUGCUUAUGUUGAGUUCAAGACUAGAAUUGAUGCUGAGAAAGCCCAACUACACAUGGAUGGUGCACAGAUUGAUGGGAAAGUAGUUCAUGCCAGGUUUACCCUGCCUGAACGAAAGAAGGCUGCCUCACCUCCAAGGGCUGUUGCAACUUCCUCAAGAAGAGAUGCUCCAAGAACUGAUAAUGCCCCUGUUGAUGUGGAGAAAGAUGGACCAAAACGGCAACAAGACUCAUCUCCUCGUCGAAAACCUGCCUCUCCACCUCGGAGGUCUCCUAUAGGACGAAGAGGAUCUCCUAGACGUGGGCCAGAUUCUCCAGUUCGCCGUCGAGCAAAUUCUCCUUUUAGGCGCGGCAGUCCACCUCCCCAAAGGAGGAGGCCUGCAUCUCCCAUGAGACGCCGUUCACCAUCACCUCCACUAAGACGUCAUCGGACACCUCCUAGCAGGGGCUCUCCCAGAAGAAUUCGUGGCAGUCCUGUACGAAGACGUUCUCCCCUUCCACCAAGGCGACGUUCUCCACGACGUGCUAGAAGUCCACCCAGAAGAUCUCCGAUUGGUCGUCGGUCUAGCCGUUCUCCUAUUAGAAGGCCUAUCCGGUCACGAUCAAGAUCCAUCUCUCCUAGGCGGGGAAAGGGUCCAGCUGCAAGACGUGGGAGGUCAUCAUCCUACUCUUCUUCUCCCAGUCCUCGCAAGGGACCCCGCAAGAUUUCAAAGAGUCGCAGUCCUAAGAGAAGGCCUUUAAGAGGGAGGAGCCCUAGCAACAGUAACAGCAGCAGUUCGCCGCCUCGCAAGCCCUAGGUUUGUUGCUCUUGCAAGGAAUCCGCGACAUGGACGCUCCUUAACGGAUGAGCUUUGUAAUCUUAAUUCUGCUGGAGAAAGGAGUCCAUUAGGACACCCUGCACCUCACUUGAUUGCUUCAUUUGAACGUAUGAAUGUGAAUGCUUUUAAUGAUUGUAUACUGAUGUCCAAAUUCACAUUAUUUUGGUUAAUUGCAUUGCUGUGCCUCAGAUAUCUUCCAACGACAGUAAACAUAUUAGUUGAAAAAGUGGGAAGAGAAACAUCAGAAAAUGA